CUUUACUUAUAACCUCCCUCCUUAGCUACACAUACCCUCUAUCACUCAAGUCCGCACCAAGCAAUGGCCAGUCUGCCUUUUCUUCCCAAUGAAGUCUCUCUUUUUACUCUUAACAAAGCCCAUCCGCGGGAUUGGCUUUCCCUUCGGCAAACAUGCAAGGAACUCAAUGAAAAAACAGCUCACCUCGUCACUGACUUCUUCUUUCGGACGCGUGUAGUCAUGCUCGAGCGGAGAAGUCUGCAUUGUCUCGAAAGUAUUGCAAGAAGUGAGUCGCUCGGGCAGUCUGUUGAGGAGCUUGAUAUUUGCACCAGUCAUCUGCUACCACUCGAUGAGGUGGAGGCGAUCGAGCGACCACAUAGCGAGUAUGAAAGCAUGAUGAAGCAUCUAAAGAAGAAGAACGACAUAGAUGCUAUCCUCCACCUUGGCAUAGAAGACUUUGAAGAGGGGGUUGGUGACGAGGAUGAACAAGACGUCGAUAACGACCAAGAUAACCAAGCGAUGGACUCUGGCAUCGGCGAUGACGACAAAGCGGCAAGGAGCCGACUUGAGCAGAUUAACACGCAAGAGUACAACAGACAUCUACAUGAUCAAGAUGAUAUGAUGCGUGCAGGCUACGAUGUAAAAUGCUUGGCAGGAGCUAUGACACACCUCAAAAGUUGCAGAAAGAUCAAUAUCAGUACAAGCAUACACGCCUGUGGACUGAGACGGCUAAGACAACGUAUUGGUAUCCUGCCGCAGAGGGGACUUACAUUCAAGUCGAAAGCAAGCAUCCGACAAGUACAUCACAUCGUCCAGGUUGUUCUGGCGGCCAUAGCAGUCAGCAGAAUUUCGGUCCAGCACCUGGAUAUCAAACCUAGUAUGAUGCUUGAGAAUGCCAAUCGGAUUAGCCCUUUCAUGCUUAUGGGCCCGUCAUCGUCUAUCAUCCUAUCGAAAUCUUUCCCUACCAGUCUGCGCCAACUUCAAAUCUCACUCGAUCCGGAGUCUCCUCCAGAAGACACGAUUUCAGGCAGAAAAUGGGGCACUGGUCUUCUUCAGUUUGUGCACCUUCUGCCCGAGCUCUCUGAUCUCAAGCUUAGCUUUGAGUAUAGGGAUGAGGCAGGUCGAUUCUCCGAGAUUGCCAAGGACCUCUAUAUCCCCAAACUAGAAAGUGAAGAUAUCACAAUCUUACUUCUAUGUCAUCACCGAACGCUCCGGACAGUGGUUUUAGAGUCGAUCCAGCUUGAUGGAGACCUGACAGCUUGGCGCUGGCUGAUUGAGGUUGUUUGUAGGAGCCUAGAGCUUGAUGAGUUUUGUAUUCUCUCAAGCUGGGCAGAGAGGAAAGAUGAGGAUUUUCCUUUUGCAAAAUUAGAGGAUAUUACGAUAGUAGAUAAUGAUAGCUAUAAUGCCGCUGUCAGAGGAUUGAUAUAGUAUUAUGACCGCUCAAGUUCUCUUAUACGAAUCUAAUGUACACCACCUUUU